AUGUUCACUUUGGCUCACCACAGGCAUGCAAUCCGCAAGCCCAUGGCUGAAUUUUUCGGUGUGGCGCUCUUGGUCAUUUUUGGUGCAGGGGCUGCCUGCCAGGUUGUACUCUCGACAAAUCCAAACUCGUUUCUCUCUAUAAAUUUCGGAUGGGCCAUCGGUAUUGCGAUGGGUGCCUGGAUCAGCGGCAGCAUCUCUGGAGGACACAUUAACCCUGCGAUAACCAUCGCAAUGGCGACUUACCGCGGCUUUCCUUGGCGUGAAGUGCCCAGCUACAUCCUCGCCCAGGUGUUAGGUGGGGUCGUCGGUGCCGCACUGGUAUACGCGAAUUAUAUCCACGCAAUCGAUGUCUUCGAAGGCGGACGUCACAUCCGCACCCAAGCUACCGCUUCCCUCUUCGCAACGUACGCUCUGCCGUACAUGACGCAAGUAUCUUGUUUCUUUUCGGAAUUCCUGGCCACCGCCGUUCUGGCUAUGAUGGUUUUGGCCCUCACCGAUAACCGUAAUGGCGCUCCGACAAAUGGGCUUUCACCAUUUGCACUAUUUGUUUUGUUCAUUGGCCUUGGGGCGUCGCUCGGCAUGGAAACAGCGUACGCCCUCAAUCCUGCGCGAGACUUUGGACCACGCUUGUUCCUCGCUAUGGCAGGUUACGGAAAAGCUCUCUUCAACUAUCGCAGUCAAUAUUGGCUUUGGGCACCCAUUAUUGCUCCGGUCCUUGGCGCUCAGGCUGGAGGCUUGCUCUACGAUACCUUUUUAUACGAUGGAGAUGACAGCCCCAUCAAAUGGCGGUGA